AAACCACGCUCGUGAAUGGCUUCCACGAAGUUGCGAAUGCAUUUAAAUGUUUUUAAAAAUGCUAAAAGUGAUUCAUGAUAAACCAAAAAUCUUCACGACCGUUCAGCUCUCUUCUGAUGCUCGCACGCUUUAGCCGGUCGAGCGCUUGAAGAAUGAACCAUUUUCUAUUCUCCAUGGAUCAGUUAGCGAUUUCAACGCUUCCGCGUUGUAAAUCAAAAGUGUUCAUUUGGUGGCUCGCUUUUUUGCUUUAUAUGGCGGUACCAGGAAAGCUUUCUCAAGACCGAGAGAGCGCGCAGAAGUUUUUGGAAAAUCAAACGAAAGAUAUACAGUAAGUAUCAAUUAUAAUCUACGGAUGCCUGAAACUUAAUAUGCAAACGGCGACUCUUAAAAUCAGUACGUUUUUAUACUUGGCGCCGGUCACAAGUUAUUUACAAGUUGCAUUAAACGGCUGAAUGAACGCAACAAAUAUAAAAAACCUGCCUUAUUGAAAGGGAUUUGUCGAGACAAUUAUCUUAAUUUUGAUUGUCAUCACAUAUAUUUUUGCACUUUAAGUCCUACACUGCAUUCAGUUUGAAAGACUGGAUACGUGUUUGUUUCACAGUUUAUGCUUACCAAUUCAGCAGAACUUUUUGUUCUUUAUAAUACGAUAAUCUAUUUUUAUACGUCAAAAAUUAAUUUGGGAAAUGCCAGCCCGAGUAACUACCGCAUGACGAAAAGUCGUCUUCCAGACGAUUCAGACUGAAAGACAUCGAAAAAUGAAUCCAGACAGCGGUUUGGUUUCUCUACUGAUAAAUCAUGCCCAGUGCUAAUUAUUGUGCCGUAUGUCUUAUCGACACAAUAAAGUGAAUGGAAAAAGGUUGUCUAAUUACCGCUUUAGAUCUCUAUCGUUAUCAUGAUCAUUUUGUCAGUAGGACAGCUCCUAUAGAAACUUAUGGACUCUUUAUGUAUCAAACUAAACCAGCUCGUUAGUUAUGGGACGUUUUAUUUUGAUAGCCAUCUUAAAGAGCACCUAAUGGAAGAAAUGGGACUUGGCGAAGAAGCAGCUGAUAAAAUUCUAAAUGUAAGUGUGGCUUUCAGUUCAAAUUGAUCAGCCUUUGACUUUUCUCUCUCUCGUGAUGGGCUUCUGAACAUGUGCCAAGCAAUGGCCUCUAUAUCUCUCAUUAGCAGAGCAUGUGAUACUGUUCUAGAUUAUUGUUUUAUUAAAAUUUCGCCUUAAUUAUUCACUCUCACAUGCAUUUGAUAAAAAGACAAAGGGCAAAUCCUCUUGAGAACAAUAUGUGACCUAUCCUCAAAGGGGUACUCGUCGCCACCACUACAGGGCAUCACGGGAAGGAUGUAGAUAUGAUGGGAACGAGAGACUCUUGCGAGUGUCCGUUUUCAUAAAGAACACGCGCGGAAACGCUUGCCACCCAGCCUACGCAUCAUCCUUCUCUGCAGACUAUGAAUGAUAGCAAAAUGCAAACUAAUAAAUGUCAGGGGUCACUUGGAUCAUUAAUCCUGAUGCGGAACUCACUCUUAGGUUUUGGGUGAAAAAUAACACCCACAAAAGCUUUCGGAAACUUCUUAAAGCCAAAGGGUGCGUUCCUUUGGAAUGAUUCGGAUCAUGGUAGAUCAAAUGAACCGGUGAAUCCUUGUUCAGAGUGGAUUCAUCGUUUCAUUUGAUCUACAAUGAUCCCAGUGAUCUCGGAUCACUGAUCCUAAUCCGGAUCAUCUCAAAGGAACGCACCUUUAAUACCGAAACAGGUAGACCACGAAUUCAAACAUAAGCGUGACAUUUUGAUUUUAAUUUUGGCGCCAGACGUUAACGUUUUUGAUAGGUCAUGUGGCUUUGUGUAUCAAACCAAAAAGGUGAACUUCACAUUCUUUUCUCAUUGCUGGCUUCGAUGUUCGCGCAUCACAGUGGUCAGAGUUUAUAUAUAGCACGAGAAGGCUGAGACCGAAAGAACUUUCACUGAUUGACUUUCCGCGAACGAAAAUUUCUCCUUUUUGGUUGACAGAGAACACCAUUAUUGGGCCUAUCUUUGGCCUACCAAACGCUCAGGAAUGACAACACGUGAGUUCACCUUUUAUGUUUGACAAACGACCUUAGUCGUUCACGUAUGGCGGCAAAAUCAACUGUCACGCGUAUCUCUGAAUUCGCAGCUUAUACCUGUUUCUGUAGCUUCGUCAGGUGUGGCGAAAGUAAAAGUACUCUGCUUGUUUUUGAUUGGGCCCGUUUUUUAUUUGCCUCGCAACGUUUCGAACGCUUGCUGCUAGACUUCAUUGGGCGAUGGGGUUGAUUGGCUGUGUAACACUACCAGAAGCACCUUGGUUGAUUAGUAUAUUACGAACCUCCCUCAAGUUAGUGGAUUUCGAUCGUGAUCCUAAGCGUUGUUUGUAGCCGUUUUCACACUGGAGACUGACUAUCCGUUGGAUAAUUCGCGCCAGACGGAUAAUACAACUUAAUUUGAAAAUGGAACGGUUUUAAUUUUUCAUGAACAAUCCGCCUGCUUUUAUACAUCUGUUCAUCCGCCAAUUUUGACAGAUUUUGAAGAUGGAUUAUCCGUCUCAGACUAGUGUGAAAACGGCCAGUGUUGGAACCUACUUGUCCCUUAAAAUUCUUAUUCCUAUUUCAAAACAAAAAAAAUGUCAUUUUUCACACCCGUUUUCAGACUUGGCCUCUAACAUCCAUGCCCGUUUUCAGAUCUGGUGUCAUUACUUAGAUUAGAACGUCCCCAGUGGUAUUGCGCAUACUGAUCGGCCACUGUGCUGCCUGUUCGUAGGCAUCUUCGCUUCCGGAUUAUUUAUUACAUUUGUCCAUUUUGAUGUUAUGCUUUUCGAGUAGGAAACCAGCAAUGAAGCGCAGUUUUUCUUGAUGCAUGAUUACGACAACAACAGCAAGUUAGAUGGACUGGAAAUACUCCAUGGGCUGUUUCAUCACCAUCACUCACACGAAGAAGGUAAUAUCUUGGGCCGUAGGGCACCAACACUCAAGGCGGGGGGGAAUGGUGGGGUAGCAGUAGCAAACAUCCAGGGGGGGUCCAUUUAACAGUCGGCUGACUGCACUCGUCUGGAAGGUAUUGCUUAUUUACACCUGGCAGCAGAUAUCCGGGAGACCUGCUAUUUGAAGGUGACAGGAAAACUCUUCGGGAAGGCACUUAGAUCGCCGGGUGCAGCACCACAUGCCCAACAGAGGUCCUAUUUAAAAUGACGCAUUUUGGCUUUCGCGUGGCUUCAUUCUUGAUUUCGGGGAUGGGGCUUUGCUGUUCCAUUUUAGUCUGUCCAAGAUUCUAGGUUUGCAUUCUUCCCGCAACAUGGUGGUACGCGCGAAGAAACGUACGGUGCACCAAACAGCUGGUAAUGUAGGCAGGUCCUUAGUUAGAAGCCUGUGCAUCAUUAUUUUGGGAAUCUGGUAUGAGUUUGGGGGUUGCGAAAUGUUCGGUCUAACAUUUGUCACUUUUAUGCGGCUGCAUUUGCCGUGUGAGAAUAUGACAAAACGAUUUUAAAUUGCAGAAAGACGGUUAAUUUGCUCAAGCGUUCAACUAAUUGACGUCCUUUCAUAGAAUGGACUUUCUAACAUAUCCCCCCCCCUAAAAAAUUGGUAUUGAAAUUAAGAGAAUAUAAAAGGAAAUGGCGUUGUACUGAAUUUAAUCACUGUUUCACGUUAUUAAUUUUUCUUCUCAUCUUAGGUCAAGAAAACUCGUCGAUUCCUGAGAAUGAAUUUGCGGAUUUUGUGGAUACGAUCUUACAGGAUCGGGACUACGAUGACGAUGGCUUUAUCGACUACCCCGAAUUUGUGAGGUCAUUUCAACAGCACCGUGAAGGGCCCGAGUAGACAAUACAAGGAAUAUGAGUUUCCCCACGGAUUGCUGGGGGUAUUAAAAAAUGCCGGGUUAUUUAAGAAAAAGGACGCGCAUCCAAGCCUCAGUGUCAUGAAAGAAACGACGUUCUCUACGUGCUCUGGAACUGUCUGGAUGUUUUAUCUGGAG